AUGAGUAGGUUUGUUAUCGGUGUUGUUGACCUAGUUAAAGAGAAGUCUCGUACGGCCAUGCUCCAUGGUGACAUGAACUUGUCCAGACUAAUGGUAUAUGCUCAAUCCAUUGAGAAGUCCAGGCUUAGUAGGUAUAAAGGAAUUCGAAAAGGGGUGGAUCCAAUUAGUAAAAUCGAUAAAGGUUUAAGAAAAAAACAUGACGGUCCUAGUGAUCCUAUUGUCAAGGAUGAAGGUGGAAGUGGUUCUCAAGGUGGUAAGCCUACUUCUGUUACUUGUGGGAAGAAGGACUUUGGGAAGUGCCUAGUUGGUAUCGGAAACAGGUCUAGUUGCGGUAAGGAUGGACAUAAGGUGAGGGAUUGUCCAAAUGGUGAAGCUAAAGGAAAAGAGUCUAAUAAAUAUCCUCCUAAAGUUCCGGAAGGUGAUGCUCCAAUGAGGAAUCCUUUCUAUUCACUCCGCGCUAGAGGAUCAAAAUCGGAUGAUGAGGAUGAUGACAUUGUUAAGUUCUUGAUUUUUGUAACACUAUGGAAGUCUAAGCGGUGUUCUAGAGCCUAA